AUUUCUUCAGUUGUCAACAAAGGCCAGAACAAACUGCAAGUGGGUGAAUAUAAUUAUUUUGAAUUUGUUUAUACAUUCGUCUAAAAUUUCAGCGAAGUUAAAAUGUUGCAACUAUGUCCUCGUUUGGUUUCAAAACCAAGCAGUGGUUAUUAUCGAAUGUUGACGACUUCAUACGCACGGAUACAAUCUGCAACCGUUCCCUCCAAUGGCAAAACGAACGAUGAGCAAGUGUUGGACCAAUUUACCCAGGAGUUUCUGCGAAAUCAAAUCAAGGUCAGCAAAUUACAAAAACUUAUCCUUAGCGUUGGAAGCUCAAUGGCUGCUUUGAUUGAUCCGCGAAGACAUGAUAUGAUCGCAUGCUUAGGAGAAACCACUGGCAGGGAAGCGCUUGAGAAUAUAAAACAUCUCAUGGAAGCUAAUGAAGAAGGGCGGCAAAUUCUUUUAGAAAAGCCGCGCAUUAACACACGUACUGUGGACAUGGAAGCGUUGGAACGACUCCCGGAAAAUACUUUCGGCCAUUUGUAUGUCACAUUCAUGAAGGAAAAUAAUAUCACACCUGACUCACGGAUGGAGACCCGAUUUCUUGACGACCCGGAACUCGCGUACGUUAUGACUCGGUAUCGCGAAACUCACGAUAUGGUGCAUGCUGUUUUUGGUAUGCCAACUAAUAUGCUGGGGGAGGUAACGAUCAAAUGGAUAGAAGCGCUCAGUACGGGUCUUCCAAUGUGUUACGGUGGCGCCGUUUUUGGGGCAUUUCGACUACGCCCCAAACAGCGUCAAAACUAUCUUCGACAGUACCUGCCUUGGGCACUGAGAAGUGGAAGGCGCAUCAGGCCGCUGAUGACAGUCUAUUGGGAGAAAAGGUGGAAGCAGGAUAUCACCGAGUUACGCAAAGAACUUAACAUCGAACUAAUGAAGUGUUGAUGCUGCCAUAGUAAUUGGCGAGUAGUCUAAUGGUUUUUGUCUAAUAAAAACGAUGUCGUCUGUUGUUUCAACAAAUUACAUUUUUGCACUGUAUCUUCGAUGAUGAGCCACAAUUG